AUGGGUGUCAUUCGCAAGAAGACGGUGACGAGAGGUGGGGAGGGGGGUGUCAAGUACGUCUGCGACGUGUGUUCUUCGGACAUCACAUCGACGGUUCGCAUUAGAUGUGCCGACCCGGCAUGUUCCGACUUCGACCUCUGCGUCUCGUGCUUCGCCCAAGGCGAGUCUCGAAACUCGCACGACCCCGCGACGCACGCCUUCCGCGUGAUUGAGCAAAAUUCGUUUCCCAUAUUCCAGCGGGAAUGGGGUGCCGACGAGGAAUUGCUUCUCCUCGAAGGCGCCGAGACGUACGGGCUAGGCUCCUGGGCGGACAUAUCGGACCACAUCGGUGGAUUUCGCGACAAGGACGAGGUUCGCGACCACUACCUGUCGUCGUACGUCGACUCGGCGAGCUUUCCGCUUCCCGAGCGCUGCAGCCCGUACGACUGCGACCUGGCGGAAGAAGUGCCGCGCGAGGAGUUCCAGGCGCGGAAGAAGCGCCGCAUAGAGGAACGGCGAGAGGCGGCCAAGUCGGCGCCGGCGUUGCAGGCCAAGACGAAGCCGACGGCGAGUGUUCCCAGCUGCCACGAAAUCCAAGGCUACAUGCCGGGCCGGUUGGAGUUCGAAACCGAGUACGCCAACGAGGCAGAGGAGGCGGUGCAGCACAUGCAGUUCGACCCCGGCGACGGCGUCAACUCGCGCAGCGGAGAGCUCGAGCCCGAGAUGGAGCUCAAGCUGACCGUCAUGGAGAUUUACAACUGCCGGCUGUCGCAGCGGGUGGAGCGGAAAAAGGUCAUCUUCGAGCACGAGCUCCUCGAAUACAGGGAGAACACGAAGACGGAGAAGAAGCGGAACAAGGAGGAGAAGGAGCUGCUGCAGAAGGCGAAGCCGUUUGGUCGCAUCAUGAACCACAAGGACUUUGACGACUUCUGCCAAGGGCUCAUCGACGAGUUCAACCUGCGGCAGGCCAUCGGCCAGCUGCAAGAGUGGCGCAGCAUGCGCAUCGGCGACCUCAAGAGCGGCGAAAAGUACGAGACGGACAAGUCGCAACGGGCGCAGAAGGCGAUCCCGAUGGGAUCCAUGGACAGGGAGCGGCUCGCGUCGAGCCAACGAGGGAAGCAGGCGCCGCCUCCGGAACCGGCGAGCGGCGCGGCACUCCUCGUGGCGCCGGAGCUGGCCAUGCGGCCGGCGUCGCAGACCAACGGCGAGACCAAGGUCGACGCGGCGCCGCUGACCAACGGCCAGGCCAACGGCGUCAACGGGUACGGGCCCGGCCACGGCGCCGCCGGCCAAGGGACGCCGAGGCCGAGGUACAUGCCGCAGCCCAUCGCCGGCGUGCAGCCGCUCGCGCUGAGCCAGGAGAACGCGGCGGACCUGCACCUGCUGACGGCGGACGAGGCCAGGCUGUGCGAGACGGUGCGUCUCCAGCCGAAGCCGUACCUCAUGAUCAAGGAGCAGAUUCUCAAGGAGGCCCUGAAGACGAACGGAACGCUCAAGAAGAAGCAGGCCAAGGAGAUAUGCCGGCUCGACUCGCAAAAGGGGGCGCGCAUCUUUGACUUUUUCAUCAACUCGGGCUGGGUUGGCAAGGCGUGA